AUGCGGAUCCCUAUUGCCUUGGCGACCCUGGCGCUGGUGGUGGAAGAGACGACGGCCCAGGCGAUCUACAUGACCACCACCGGGUAUUCCGCCAGACCGCAAUGUACGGCGCCAGCAGCGUCUCCCAAGUACUACUACAAUACCUUCUCGUAUUCAGUGAGCGAUACCGUUCGUUAUGCGACCUCGAUUCCUGCACCCACGGCAACAACCCCGAUCAGAUAUGCGCCGACCUACCAGGAGGCCGUCAAACAUCUCCAGUCGGAGAUAUCGACCACCACUUGGGGCAAUUGGCUUCCAGGCGAGACAGCCAUCACUGCCAACGAUGUCGGUGAUCCUUAUGGGCAGGCCGCAUGGUCCUCAAUGUGGCUGAAUGCGAACUUACCGAACUACACUACCACGGGCAUCUUUUCAGCCACCGUCAGCCCAACUCCGAUCCCGACCACCGAUCUUGUCUUACCACCUCGCGACUACUUCGGACCCACAGACUGCUACAACUUCCCCAAGGACUUCAUCUUCGGCGUCGCUGGCAGUGCGGGCCAGAUUGAAGGUGCCAUUGCCCUGGAGGGACGGUCGCCGUCCAGUCUGGAAAUUCCAGCAAAUCCGAAUCAGCCCAACAAUUAUGUCACGGAUGAGAACUACUUUUACUAUAAGCAGGACAUUGAGCGUCUGGCCGCGAUGGGAGUGGAGUACUAUAGUUUUAGUAUCCCGUGGACUCGCAUCUUACCAUUUGCGCUGCCCGGCACGCCCGUCAACAAGCAGGCAAUCGAUCACUACAAUGAUUUGAUCGACACCGUUUUGGCGGCGGGAAUGCAACCCGUCGUGACAAUGUUACACUUUGACACCCCAGCACUCUUUGUGAAAAGUGACGGUGAUCGACGAGUCGAUUUUGGCUAUGCUAGUUCAGGAUACAACAGCCCCAAGUUCGUCGAGGCCUUCGUGAACUAUGGCAAAAUUCUCCUGGCCAACUUUGCCGAUCGCGUGCCCAUCUGGUUCACCUUCAACGAGCCCUUGAAUGGAGCAGGCAACUUUCAUGGUGUUGAGAAUGUCCUGCAAGCCCAUGCCCACGUGUAUCGAUUUUACCGGAAGCAAUUGAAGGGCACCGGAAAGAUGAGCAUCAAGCUGAGCGAUAACUUUGGCGUGCCGAAAGAUCCCAGGAACACUAGUCACGUCGAAGCGGCAACUCGAUUCAAUGAGAUGCAACUUGGACUCUUCGCCAACUCAAUUUUCCUGGGCAAACAGUAUCCGGAAUCGGUCCUGCACACCUUACCCGGAGCCAAGCCAAUGAGCAAAGCAGACUUGGCCUACAUCAGCGGUACAGCGGACUUUUUCGCAAUCGACCCCUACACGGCAACGGUCAUCUCGCCCGUUGAUGGGGGCAUCGAGGCCUGUGUGGCCAACAAGUCGGCAUCGAAUUCUUUGCGCCCAUACUGCGUCCGCCAGGAGACCACCAAUAUGUACGGUUGGGAUAUUGGCUACCGAUCGAACUCCUACGUGUACAUCACACCAACCUACUUCCGCGAGUAUCUGUCCUACCUGUGGAAUACUUUCCACUCACCCAUCAUGGUGACUGAGUUCGGUUUCCCCGUAUUCCAGGAAGCCGAGAAGAACCUUGUCGAUCAACUUUUUGAUACCCCUCGCAGCGUGUACUAUUUGUCAUUCAUGUCGGAGAUUCUCAAGGCGAUUCAUGAGGAUGGCGUUCGUGUCAUCGGUGCUUUGGCGUGGAGCUUCGUCGACAACUGGGAAUUCGGCGGGCUGGACCAGUUCGGCAUUCAGGUGGUGAACAAGACGACACAGGAGAGACACUACAAAAAGAGCUUCUUUGAUCUGGUUGAUUUCGUGAAGACUCGAAUGCAAUGA